UACUUCCAAAAGGUACUUUCCCUCUCUCGUACCAGCCUCAAGCGAGUCGGCGAACUUCGCAGGGUGUUUCAAACGCCACGGUAGUCAGCUGAAAUACAACUUAAUCUCAUAAUUGUUCAAGCUCUGCAAAUCGCCGAGCGGAACACAUUGACAACGAUGAGCGGCAUUUCAAUGUUCAGGACACUUUUUCUUGGCGCGAGGCAGCUGAAGCACCCGGCGCUCGUGAAACGUGGAUUUGCCGCAGCGGCAUAUGAGAACAUCCUCGUGGAGAAGAAAGGUGCCCAGCAGAAUGUCGCCCUGGUUACACUCAACCGGCCAAAGGCCCUCAAUGCCCUGUCGAGCGCUCUCAUGAGCGAGGUUGGCCAGGCGAUAGAUGCACUCAACAAGGACGAAUCCGUGGGCUGCAUUGUCAUCACUGGCAGCGAGAAGGCAUUCGCUGCCGGUGCGGACAUCAAGGAGAUGCAGAACAUGACGUUUGCCAAGUGCUUCACGGGCAACUUCCUGAGCCACUGGGACAAAGUGGCGCAGUCCAUCAAGCCAGUAAUCGCAGCUGUGAACGGCUAUGCGUUGGGAGGUGGCUGUGAACUUGCGAUGAUGUGUGACAUCAUCUAUGCCGGUGAGAAUGCAAAGUUUGGGCAACCUGAAAUCAUCCUUGGGACCCUGCCAGGUGCCGGUGGCACCCAGCGCCUGACCAGAGCCAUUGGCAAGUCGCGGGCCAUGGAAAUGACGCUCACUGGGAACCAGAUCACGGCUGCCGAGGCUGAGCGAUAUGGUCUGGUGAGCAAGGUGUUCCCCCCGGGUCAGCUGGUCGACGAGGCUAUCAAGCUUGCCGAGAAGAUCGCCAGCUAUUCCCAGAUCUCCGUUGCACUAUGCAAGGACAGCGUCAACCACGCCUUUGAGACAACACUCCAGGAAGGCCUGCGUGUUGAAAAACGCCUUUUCCACGCCUCCUUUGCUCUGGACGACCGGAAAGAAGGCAUGACUGCUUUUGUUGAGAAGCGGCCACCGAAGUACACAAACAGCUAGACGUCUGUCGUGCAACUGUGGAACAACAUGCUUGCAAACCUUUCCUACGUGCAUUUUGUUGAAUUUAGAUGACUCAAUAAAUUUGUAUAUAUGGCG